GGAUAAAGUCUACCGAAUUUCAAUUGCGGAGACAAAGUAGCAGAGAGGGAGAUGGGAGCAUGUCAUGAGUGGGCCAAGCCAGAACAUGGGGUUGUCUGGGUACCGGAGUUGGGGUUUGAGAUCUUAGCUAUGGGGUAGUGAAUUGUUUGAGUCUUCUGGUAUAAAUGUUUUGUGUGUGUUGUAUAAUGUUUGUGCGUAGGUAUGGUAUAAUGUGUGAGAAUUUUGAGAGAGAGAGAGAGAGAGAGAGAGAGAGAGGGACCCUUCCAAGGGGGUUUCCCCCAGCCCUGUUGUGGAGUAUGUGAUUGUGAGAGAGUGAGUGUGAGAAACGUGUGAUGUGUUUAUGUAAUUUCGUGAGGCUAAUAAAAGUAGAGUUUUUUUUUUUUUUUUAAAUGUUUGUGUGUGAAUCUCUCUUUACCCACCAACAUUUUAUACUUUCUGUAGAUUCGUCCUACAUGAGAAGUCUACAUGGAUGAUCCGGAGUAUAUAAUAAAUUUGGACCCAAGGGUGCUGUAGUGCAUUGUGUGACUCGAUGAUCCUUGGUCUGAGCUCCUCUUCAAUCGGUUCAAGAGUUGCCUAGCCUUCUUGCCCUAACCUGCACAAUGAACGCACGACUAAGACCUAGCCGGGUUAAUUUGCCCUGCAAGGUCCUCCGGCGAGAGGAUGAGAAUGUGCAGAGAGCAAAACAAGAGACUAGGGUUUUUGUGUGGGAGUUCUGGUGUAGAACAGUAGAAGUAUGUAUCUCUUUAGGGCUGCUUUGCUUGGUAUUUAUAGAGUCUGCUUAGCUUGCUCUCCAAAUACAGGCAUGUGCCUUGCAUGAGUCGGCUAACGUCAUUGUGACAUCACUGAUAAGAUAUAGUAACCAUUUUUGGUGUGAACUGGCACCCCUAUGUGCGCCAAUCAUUAUCUUUUGGCAUAACCGCUUCAGCGCGUGGGGUGGUACGCUGGUACGUGGUAUUGCUGAGCCCCGUCUUCGGCCGAGCCCCAGGGCGGGCAACUUGAAGGGGGGAAGAAGCGACGAACUCAUUUAUCUUGACAUCAGCCGAACUGGAGGACUCUCUUCUCGGCCGAGGUGUCGGGUAAGUGGAGGGGACCUUUCCCUGAGCUCCGGUCAUCGCCAAACCUAGGCAUCAAGGGUACUACCGCCUCCCUCGAAAUAACCUCGGUCUGUACUUGUUGGACAUGGGUCCGAGCCAUUUGGUUCGGCCUACUACAAUAGCCCCUCAAUUUCUGCCGUCGCCAUUGCAUGGUAGGUAUUGAUAAUAAGCCUGGACAAACUUCGGAAUUCGCCGAACCCGGGUAACCGCGGGUAUGUCCACAACUUGGCCGAACCUUGCCAUCGAUUAUCUCCUUGGAAGAGCUGGAGCUGGAGCUGCAACUGCUAGAGUUGUGCUCCAAUGGAUGAGUGCCAGGUGUCGACUUCUGUGUGUGUCGACUUCUGUGUUGGUGCAGGCAAAUUUUGACGUUCCCUGGCGACGGAGAUGGUUGGCGACCGCGAUGGCGAUCUGAAUGCAAGGUACUGCUGUUACUGGAGAUACAUUGGAGUCUGACAAAAAGGCACUGCUGAACUUGAAAAUCUUCCUCGAAGAGCACAAUCGCGUAAACCAAGGUGGAUACUCUGAAUGGAACAAAAGUCAGACUUUGUCCCCAUGUGCCUGGCCCGGAAUCACCUGCUCCGGCGGCCGUGUCACCGGUGUCAACCUCUCCAGCAGCGAAAUCUCCGGCGACAUAUUCGGAAACUUCUCCACCUUAACUGCCCUCAACCACCUGGACCUCUCCAGUAACACUAUUGGCGGUAGAUUACCAACCGACUUAGGGCAGUGCCAUGGCCUCAAGGUGUUGAACUUGUCUCACAACAUCAUUGGCCUCAAUGCAACUCCAACUUUUGAGCAAAAUCGCAGAAACGAUAGGGUGACAGUUGCUUCAGGUGAAUGCCUGGCGAUGAGGAGGUGGAUUCCGGCGGAUUACCCUCCAUUUAGCUUUGUGUAUACACUUCUUACAAGGAAGAAUUGUCUAAGCCUUUGGGAUCGGUUGCUUAGAGGGUAUGGUAUAUUCGCGCUGUGCGUUGGUGGCGUGAGGACGUUUCAGAUGUCCGGUUAUGUUCAACUCAGCAGCAAUCAGUUAUCUGGUGAAGUCCCUCCUGAUAUUGGUAAAAUGCUGAAAGUCAGUAUGUUGAACUUGGGAAUCAAUGGAUUCUACGGUGAUCUCCCUCCGGAGAUUGGACAAAUGCCACUAGCUGCGCUCAAUAUUUCGCAGAACAAGUUUUCGGGUGAAAUCCCUAGGGAAAUUGGGAAUAUUAAGUGCUUGAGGGACCUUGAUUUGUCAAACAACAACUUCUCUGGAGAUUUCCCUACCGAGUUGAACAAUUUAAACGAACUUAGCAAGUUCAACGUCUCGUUCAAUCCCUACAUCACCGGUGUAAUCCCAGCAACCGGGCAAUUAGCAACAUUCGAAAAGGAGUCCUUCCUUGGCGACCCAUUGUUGGGUCUUCCUUCUUUCACAAACAACUCUGCCGAUCAUUCUCCAACAAUAAAUGAUGAAAAGAAGUCGAAAAAAAAGCCGGCAAAAAGGGAUUCGAUUUUGGUUUUCUUGGCUUUGGUGGUGGUCUUUUUUUUUUUGAUUGGCUUUUGUGGUGGUCUUUUUUUGUUUGAUCGGCUUUGGCCGUCGAAAAGAUUGUAUUAACAGUACUUGGAUAUCACGAGCUUACCAACUGAACAUGGUUAGAUUGAUUGAUGCCAAUUUCGAGGUCCAGAUUAUUGAGGCUUUCAGCAUUUGUGAUUUCGUAGAGGUUGUGACUGAGAGUGAUGCAAGUGCUAUUCGCUCUCUGUUCUGUGGCACGAGUUCAGGAGCCUAUUGCGAGUUUCGCAAAGGCCAUCUACUAUUACCUCUGUUGGAGUCCUACCUAUGAAGCACCAACACACUUGCGUUGCUCGCUGUAUCCUGUUGAAAAAGCCGAGAGCACCAACACGCUGGGAGCACAAAUAUGCGUAUGGGACAUGCCAAAUGGCGCAUCUAGUUAUUUGUAUUAACACCUAAUGGCUAGCGUCCCUGAUUACGCCGAGACAUGUACGGAGGCACGGCUUGGUGUCACUUCAUUGUGUAGGAAGCUCAUUUUAGGGGUUAAAAUGUACAACAAACUAUAACUUGUGCCUUGUAUUUGUCUCUGUUUGAUGGAUCAUCUCUUAAUUUUGUAGAAGCAGGUUCAGUUUUUGGUUUUAUGUUAAGUGGGGUAUUUGCGGAUUUAAUAUAUGUGUUAUUUACAAUUGAAAAA